GUUACCAUUUUAUUAUGUGUGUGUCUUAUAUUACAGCCAUGCUGAACAUCAGCGGCCAGAGAGAGAGGAGAAGGGAGGAAAAGCCUGUUUACACAGACUGCAAACCGCCUGGGGAAUAAUACAGUAAAGGAAGUGAGCCGGCUCUCUGUCUGACUGCUCCAACUUCCUGCUCUCUCUCGCACACACACAGCAGAAAAAAAGAGAGAGAGAGGGAGCGAGGGAGAGAGAGGGUGAAAGGAAAAAAGGGGGAAAAAAUCAGGAUCUCAUUACAAGAGAAACAGACCGUUCGCAGACGCCUGUCAGCAUGGAAAAUCAGGGGAUUUCACCCAGUUCCUCUUAAAAUAUUACCCAGCAGAAGAAUUGGGGUAAACUCGUCCGACAUCUGGGUAUGGAGAGUGCAAUCACACUGUGGCAGUUCCUGUUGCAGUUGCUGCUGGACCAGAAGCACGAGCACUUAAUCUGUUGGACGUCCAAUGAUGGUGAAUUCAAACUCCUCAAGGCAGAAGAGGUGGCCAAACUGUGGGGACUACGCAAGAACAAGACAAACAUGAACUACGACAAGCUAAGUCGUGCCCUACGAUAUUACUAUGAUAAGAACAUCAUCAAGAAGGUGAUUGGCCAGAAGUUCGUGUACAAGUUCGUCUCUUUCCCCGAGAUUCUCAAGAUGGACCCUCACUCGGUGGAGCUCAGUCGGGAGAGUCUUCUGCUCCAAGACAGCGAUUGUAAAGUGCCUUCCGAGGUCCGCGACCAGCACAAACACAGCUUGUCGGCCCUCAAGAGUGCCAGCCGGAAUGAGUACAUCCAUUCGGGCCUCUACUCAUCUUUUACUAUUAAUUCCCUCCAGAACCAGCCAGAUACUUUUAAGCCCAUUAAAACGGAGAAGCUGGAGGAACCGCUGGAUGGGGGCGCUCCUCCAGUGGACGAGGUCAGGACGGUCAUCAGGUUUGUGACCAAUAAGACAGAGAAGCAGAUCAUGAGACCCGUCGUGUCUCUGCCGUCCACCUCGGAGGCCGCGGCCGCUUCGGCCUUUUUGACCUCUUCGGUGUCUGCGAAAAUCUCCUCCUUAAUGUUGCCCAGCGCAGCCAGCAUCGCCUCCACUUCCCCAUCCUCCUCUCGGUCUCCUUCCCUGUCCCCGGACUCCCCGCUCCCUUCUGAACCCAGAAGUCUCUUCCUAGAGUCCAGCUGUCGGGAUUCAGACUCUUUGGAGCCCCUCAAUCUCUCCUCUGGCUCCAAGACAAAAUCACCAUCUCUCCCCCCAAAGGCUAAAAAACCCAAAGGUUUGGAAAUCUCUGCCCCACCGCUGGUCCUGUCCAGUAACGACAUUGGCUCCAUUGCCCUCAACAGCCCAGCCCUUCCCUCAGGAUCUCUCACUCCAGCCUUCUUCACAGCACAGAGCCCCAGUGGACUGCUGCUGACGCCCAGCCCGCUGCUGUCUAGCAUCCACUUCUGGAGCAGCCUGAGCCCCGUGGCCCCUCUGAGCUCCGCCCAGCUGCCAGGACCCAACACCUUGUUCCAGUUCCCAACUCUGCUCAACGGUCACAUACCCGUGCCCAUUCCCGGGCUGGACAGAGCCUCUUCCCCAGGACUGCUUUCCUCAAGUGCUCAGAAAUCCUGAUGCUCCCGCCAUGGAGAACUCAUGAACUGAUCUAAGAACUCCACCGCGACGGCGAUGGGCUACGCUAGUUCUGCUGCGCCGCGACAAGGACAUUGUGAAACCCUGUUACUACGGUUUGCACUUUCCACUCCCUGGAUAGUCUAGUUUGUUACUUUAGCCUUUUUAUCAACAGCUUUUUAUAUAUAUGUGCAAGUAUAUAUAAAAACCUGGUUUGCAUUAAAUAAUUUUUUCACAUUUUUAUAUUCUCUUAGCUCUCGAGUGUUGAACACUGUUGACAGUGAAGACUUUUCUUAAUGGAUUUCAUUGUAUCUAAUAAGGAUGUGAAGCUUCCCCCCUCCCCGCCCCCCUAAUUCCGCACCGUGCUUAUGUACACUAUAACCGGCUGUGCCUUCCUUUGCAUAAUGUUUAAUGUUAUGUAAAUGAUUUCUAUAUUUUCUAGUAUUAUGAGAAAAUGGUUGAGACAAAAAUGUGUUGCAUUAUUUCUCACAAGGAGGCAAUGUGAAGGCACAUUCAUAUAACUUUUACUUUGUGCUUUCAAAUUGUAUACAAAAUUGCCUUAUAAUUUCUGAACUGAAAGAUAACAGUAAGUCGACUGUCCAAAGUAAUGAGUUGUUUUUUUUUUUUUAAAGAAUAAACCAAGCCAUAUAUAGACAAUGAA